CAUUGAUUGCAUUUUGAGAUCAAUUCACUAAACAUAAAGACAUUAAUCCAUCGCUUCUUUGAAUCCAAUCUUUCAUUCAUUUAAAGUUUUUAUUAAAAUAUAAAUGAAUUUUAUGAAAGGAUUUAGCGAUAAAAUCCCAAAACGUUUUGAUAAGAAGAGUGAACCAAAUGGUGACGACUGUGAAGACCACUCUCUGACUGUCGACAAUGGGAUCAAUGAUUUGGUCAAUGAGUUUGAAGAUUGUGUCGAUUUGAGAGACAAUGACAUCGAAGUGAACGCCAAUGGACUCAAUGAAAGCGUUGACGACAGCAGUGACUCUUCAGAUGACAACCACUUCUUUAUGGCUAAUCAGAGAAUGGGUGAAGAGUUUGUGAGCAAACGUGAGGCUAAACAAAGCACUGAUUGGUAUGAAUUGCAAACAAUGGAAACGCAAUCCAAGUGUUCAUCGAGUGGUCAGACAGUUAUGGUCUCAAAGCCGGCGCCGAAUAAGACUUCGCUUACGAUUACGACAACAAACACAAUGUCUCGGAGUCUGACUAUCACUGCGAUAACAGCGGCAACACUAACGCCAUCAGUGGUGUCAACACCAUCGCCGCCACCCCUCACACAUUUCAUGAAAGGCACAUGUCUGAGCACAGACACCACAGGACCCAUCACUGCGAGACCAAAGCCAAGCCCGACACCUAUGGAGGACCAACCAAUGGAUUGGGAGGUAGGAAAGUGCGUGAGUGAGGGAGUGAGUGAGAACAGCGCGCGAGCGGUAGGCGUGAAUGCGAACAGCGAGCGGACGGCAGGCGUUACGGCGAACAGCGCGCAAGCGGUUAGCGUAAAUGCGAACAGCGCGCAGAUUGCGGGCGUGAGUGCGAACAACGCGCGAGCGGUAGGCAUGAGUGCGAACGGCGAGCUUACAGAAAGCGUUCGCAAAAAUAGUGAACGUUGUGCAGCCGACUACGGUCGAGCGCCAGAAUGUGCAGCCGACUACGGUCGAGCGCCAGAGUGUGCAGCCGACUACGGUCGAGCGCCAGAGUGUGCAGCCGACUACGGUCGUGCGCCAGAAUGUGCUGCCGACUUCGUUCGUGCGCCAGAAUGUGCUGCCGACUUCAGACAACUAACCUACAUAUGGAAUGUGCGCCAGAUUGUGCUGCAGCUAACACAGGAUUCACAUCUCGACCACUUUUUCCAGGACGAAUACUCCGCAAUAGAUUGCAAUGCAUCCGUAUCACAUGUUAAUGAAUUAAAUAGCGUCAACGGAGAGAACAUGGAAAUCGAUAACGGAAUCACGAUUAUUGCUAAUGACUCAAUGGAGGAGUCCAUGGACACCUCGACAGAGAAAGAAUUGUGGGUACAUAAUUAUAACGAAGAAAGAAAACGAAAACGAAAAGAAAAGAUCGUGAAAGGCAGAGAAAGAAAAGAUCUAAUGAAACAAACAUUGAAAGAGAGCAAAGAUUGCUUAAGGAUAGAGAAAGACGAUCAAAUAGAACACAAAAUGAAACUGAUGAAUUACGACAAAUUAACAGAGAUUCUAUUCAGAUAA